UUUAAUUUGUAUGUAUUAAGACUGACCCCAAACAGAACACGUGAAUACGCCUCUCCCGGUCCCUUUCUCUCUCUCUCUUUGGUUCUCCCUUCCAUUGAUUGCUAAGCAGCAGCAAGGGCGGAUCCAUCAUUCCAUUCGGCUGUUCAAAGGGCUUUUUGGGUUAGUGCUACUGUGUUUGGACUGUGGUAUCUUAGAUUACAAUUGAUUCUAGUGUUGCUUUCGUGGGAUCAACUGCUCGUUUUCGAUAUAGAACUGGAUAAUCAAAAACUGCGUCUGCUCGAUAGUGAACUGUUGUGGUUUGAAUCUGGCAGCCGCUUCUUAGUGAGCUGGUGAAUUGAUGAAGAGUGCCUAAUACCGUUCUUUGCCUGUUGAUGUGGUUGAAUCUGGGUGGUUGAAAGAAUGUCAGACGUAGAUGGAGCUGAAAAGUCAUCCACCCAACAAGAAGAGGAAGUUGUUAAAAAGAAAUAUGGAGGAAUGAUGCCUAAGAAGCCACCUCUAAUCUCUAAGGUAAGUCACAGUAUUUGUCUGCUAGAUUGUUUCUGUGAUUGGUGGCACCGUAAAUAUCAACUUUUUUCUCUUAAUGUGUUACUUCUAUCUGUUUCACAAACCACUUUUUUCUGUUUUCAGGACCAUGAACGUGCUUAUUUUGAUUCUGCUGACUGGGCUCUUGGAAAGCAAGGUGCAGAUAAGAAGCCCAAAGGUCCACUGGAGGCACUUCGCCCGAAGUUGCAGCCAACACAACAGCAAACCCGAUACCGCAAGUCUCCUUGUGCUCCAUCAGAAUGUGAAGAUGGAAGUAAUGCUCCUUCAGAGGAUUCAACUGCAAAUGAAUGAGAAGGAGAUGUUAGCUCUUUGUCGAAAUGUCAUAAGCUGUUUACUUGUCUGCUCUUAAGAAUUAAAAAAUAAAAACGAUUGAUGGGGUGUUUCAACUUUUACUUGAGGCUGGUAUUGUGUUGCUGUAACAUUGAUGUAGGAUAUUUCUUAUGCUGUCUAAUGAAACAACUUUCAUGUUUGGGUUAA